AUGAUCGUGGUGGUGGAUGGCCAGACCCGAGCAACCUGGCCAAUCCGCUCUGAGUCAGGCGCUAACAUCCUGCCGGACAGCAUCGACCAGUGCAAGGGCUACAGCGCAUUCGCGGUUCUGCUGGACUCGCUGAACGUGGACCAGCCGGACGGAGGUGAUGGAUCUGAUCUCGACUCUGGAGUUAGUGCACGAGAGGCUGCUAUGCUUGUGGCUUCGGACGAGAGCCAUUUGAAGGAUUACCUGAACAGCAACGCAGACAAGAUGUCGCGCUCCCUCGCCGUGUCCAAGGUCGUCGUGAAUGCUAAGGAGAUUGAGUUCGAAAGUUUGGCCAAGGACAGCGCCAUAUCCAUCUACGCCACACGCCAAGCACGCCCGCGUACACACUGGAGACGCCACACUGGUGGAGCCAGUCCAGCAACUGUUCGUCGGCACGAUCAAGCAGCUAGCACCAUCGCACAGGCGCUUAACGUCACGGGCCCGUUUACCACGGGCAUCCUGCGCGCCUGUUUCGACUACGUGAACGUCAAGGCGCCGCUGUUCUCGUUCAUGCGUCUGCACGGCGCUGACCCGAGUAUGGGUGUGGAGCUGGGUUCGACCGGUGAGAUGGCCCGCUUCGGCACGGGCAUGCACGAGGCGCAUCUGACGCGCUGCCGUGUGCCAGCUUCAGGAUGCCCAAGGAUAUGGUGCUGA